GCUUUGUUUGGAUUCAAUAGUACAUUCGCCAGCUCAAACACAUUCACAAGAUUGCACCAAUGGCCGCCGCCGAACACGGAAUAAGAGUCGAACCUGAGAGAAAGAGCCUUCUCAGCCAACACACCGAGAAGCACUUCACCGCCGGCGAAAUAGUCCGCGACAUCAUCAUUGGCGUUUCCGAUGGCCUCACCGUCCCCUUCGCCCUCGCCGCCGGCCUCUCCGGCGCCAAUGCCACCUCCUCCAUCGUUCUCACCGCUGGCAUAGCCGAAGUCGCCGCCGGCGCCAUCUCCAUGGGGCUCGGCGGUUAUUUGGCAGCAAAAAGUGAAAACGAUAAUUACCUGAGUGGUUUAUGA